CCUCAAAUCUACCUGAACCUUCUCAUUCUCGAAAGUUCGCUGCGAGCUCAGUAUCUGGCGCUGCGGGAACGCCGACGACAGAAUACCUUUUUCCUGCUCCUGCUGGCUACCUGGAUUGCCUACUUUGCUUACGCGCUCUUCCUUCGUCCGCGGGAAGAUGGCAGCGGGGUGGGCGGCUCCAUUUACUGGAUGGUCGAAAUGGGGGAAAAGGUCGCGCUUAUAGGAGGAAUCGUCACUGCGUUGUUAGUCUGGGGAACAGGACAGUGGGAACGGGGAGUGCGAUGGCCACGGCGCUGGCUCGCCGUCGCCAACCGCGGCCUACGCACCAUGAACACCAAGAUCGUCAUCAUCCGGGGCCCCUGGUGGCAGGAACUGCUAUCCUACCUUUCCUUUCUCUUCCCAUUCACCUCUCCUUUCUUCCCUGCUCCAACCGGGAGUUUCCACUACAUCGAGCGCCCGUCGUCGGACAAGCGUGGUGGUCGGCAGCACUACCAGCAGUAUUACAACAACGUCGACAGUGAAUCGGGCCUUGUGGAGGAAGAUCUCAGCCCCGGGGGUGAUUACAUCCGCCUGCUUCUUCUCCCCAAAUCCUUCUCGCCCGAAUUCCGCGAGAACUGGGAUGAUUAUCGAACCGAGUUUUGGGAAAAAGAGAACGAGCGACGCGCUCAACUGCGCGAGAAGUUGCGCCAGAAGGAGCGCCAACUCGCUCAACAAGAAGGUGGCUGGUUCUGGUGGCUCGGGCUCGGGUUAGGCUGGAAGGCCUCACAACGCCGACGACUCGUCGCCGCAACCCUCAAGCCCAGCGACGGAGACAAGCAUCGUCAUCACCAUAAUCAUCACUCCAGCAUCUCCAAACACGCCCACGAUCUCAAAUCUCCCACGCGACGUGGCGCGCGUUCUGAGUCCCAUUCCCGCACCCCAUCCCGUAGUACGACACCAGUGGACAUCGACGAUCGUCCGCCGUCUCGCUCUUCCCACAACCCGUCUUCCACUGCUUCGGAACAGAGCAUGCAGCUACGGAAAAAGAAAGGCACGAAAUCACUUUCUCGCGGGCUGUCGCCUUUGACCCAAGCGCAGAUCAGGGAGGGCAUCUAUAGUACGCCGUCGCUCUCGUCCGACGAUUCGUUCUUGGGCGAGAGUCGCGAGGGCACACAGUCGCGCGAAGCUAGUCCCUCGGUGUAGUUUGGAAGCAUCCCAUGUUCAUCAUAUACCCUAAUUAGAACCAUCGCAUGCAUUGUAUGGAUUUUGUGUCGAUGUAUCUAAAAUGGAAUUUCAAAUUCUCGUCAAUAUAUGGAUUUCUUCUCUACCGUGCCUGUAUAGCUCUAGAUUGACUGAACGUUCUUUCGACAUACAAGCAG